CCACCCCAUCGCAGCAGCAUGUCGACGCUCACCAGCUCCGACAUGGGCGAGCUCAAGCGCCCGACCACGCGCGUGCACGCGCCUCCUGGCGGCGGCUCCAGCUGGAGCUUCGGCGACGACCCGGCGCCCGCUCCCACGGGCCGCAAGCGCUUCAACCAGCCGCAGCAGCAGGACACCAAGAUGGAGUCGCCGCGCGCAGCUCCCGCAGCUGCUCCCGAGGCCGCCCAAGCGCCCGCUCAACCCGCCGCCAAGGCCCUGGAGGGCGCCGUGCGUGUGGCGCUGCUCAAGACCAGCAGCGACGCGGAGCUGGUGGACCGCGUGGUGCAGAACUGCUUCGAGAAGCUCGAGGGCCAAGCCGUGAGCUCCGAGACGUUCACGGUCGCGUCGCUGGAGCAGCUGCCGUACGCGGCCAACAAGCUCACGGAGUUCGGGGGCUUCGACGGCGUCAUCUGCUUCGGCUUCCUCAACACGCAGGACCCGCAGUUCCCGGUCCUGAGCGCCGCGUUGACGCAGAGCUUCAUCGACAUCAGCGUCAAGAACGUGCGCCCCGUGGUGCGUGCGGUUUUUGUGGGGGAGCCUCGUGUGGCGUCGGUCAAGAUUAAGGGAGGCUGGGGCGCCGAGUUCGCAGAGGGAGUCGUGUCCCUGGUGCAGCUCGGCGGAUUCAAGGGAUCCAAGUAA